AAGAGCAAAGGUAGCACGAUUCCUGCGGGCCGCGACAUCGGGCGCUAAAGCAGUGCAGUCCCGAGCUUCCCCUGCAGAAGCCGCGCUCCUCACUUGGUCCGGGGGUAGAGGGGGCGCGAGAGAGCAAGUGGGCGGGCAUCCUAUUCUCCGCAUCCUCCUCCAGGUCCUGGCGCGCAGGGUGGGAGCGCCGCGCCGCUCUGCGCUGCGCAUCGCGGCCGGCUAGCCGCCUGCCCCCUGCCCUAGCUGGGCCGCCUCCCCCGGCUGCCGGUGGAGGGCUACGAGGCGCUAACGUUACGCUGUUUCCGGUUUUCUAGCGGGCUCUGUUUCCCCUCCCAAGGCGGCGGCGGCGGAGCGGCGGAGCCCCCCAAAUGGCCUGGCCAGAUGCGGCAGGUUUGCUGCUCAGCGCUGCCGCCGCCGCCACUGGAGAAGGCUCGGUGCAGCAGCUACAGCGACAGCAGCAGCAGCAGCAGCAGCAGCAGCAGCAGCAGCAGCAGCAGCAGCAGCGAGAGGAGCAGCAGCAGGAGCAGCAGCAGCAGCCGCAGCAGCAGCAGCGAGAGCAGCAGCAGCAGCAGCAGCCGCAGCAGCAGCAGCGAGAGCAGCAGCAGGAGCAGCAGCAGCAGCAUCUCCUCCCGUCCCGCUGCGCCCCCAGAGCCGCGGCCGCCGCAACAGCCGCAGCCCCGCAGCCCCGCAGCCCGGAGAGCCGCCGCCCGCUCUCGAGCCGCAGCCGCCGGCGGCAUGAGGCGCGACCCGGCCCCCGGCUUCUCCAUGCUGCUCUUCGGUGUGUCGCUCGCCUGCUACUCGCCUAGCCUCAAGUCAGUGCAGGACCAGGCGUACAAGGCACCGGUGGUGGUGGAGGGCAAGGUACAGGGGCUGGCCCCGGCCAGCGGCUCCAGCUCCAACAGCACCCGCGAGCCACCCAGCUCGAGUCGGGUGGCGCUGGUGAAGGUGCUGGACAAGUGGCCGCUCCGGAGCGGGGGGCUGCAGCGCGAGCAGGUGAUCAGCGUGGGCUCCUGUGCGCCGCUCGAAAGGAACCAGCGCUACAUCUUUUUCCUGGAGCCCACUGAGCAGCCCUUAGUCUUUAAGACGGCCUUUGCCCCUAUUGACACCAACGGCAAAAACCUCAAGAAAGAGGUGGGAAAGAUCCUGUGCACUGACUGCGCCACCCGGCCCAAGCUGAAGAAGAUGAAAAGCCAGACGGGGCAGGUGGGUGAGAAGCAGUCACUGAAGUGCGAGGCCGCAGCGGGCAACCCUCAGCCCUCCUACCGCUGGUUCAAGGAUGGCAAGGAGCUCAACCGCAGCCGUGACAUUCGCAUCAAGUACGGCAAUGGCAGAAAGAACUCACGACUACAGUUCAACAAGGUGAAGGUGGAGGACGCCGGGGAGUAUGUCUGCGAGGCUGAGAACAUCCUGGGGAAGGACACAGUCCGCGGCCGGCUCCACGUCAACAGCGUGAGUACCACUCUGUCAUCCUGGUCGGGGCACGCCCGGAAGUGCAACGAGACAGCCAAGUCCUACUGCGUCAAUGGAGGCGUCUGCUACUACAUCGAGGGCAUCAACCAGCUCUCCUGCAAGUGUCCUGUGGGAUACACCGGGGACAGGUGUCAGCAGUUCGCAAUGGUCAACUUCUCCAAACACCUUGGAUUUGAACUAAAGGAAGCCGAGGAGCUGUACCAGAAGAGGGUCCUGACUAUCACCGGCAUCUGCGUGGCUCUGCUGGUGGUGGGCAUUGUCUGCGUUGUCGCCUACUGCAAGACCAAAAAACAACGGAAGCAGAUGCACAAUCACCUCCGGCAGAACAUGUGCCCUGCCCACCAGAACCGGAGCUUAGCCAAUGGGCCCAGCCACCCCCGGCUGGACCCCGAGGAGAUCCAGAUGGCAGAUUAUAUCUCCAAGAACGUGCCAGCCACGGACCACGUCAUCCGGAGGGAAACCGAGACCACCUUUUCUGGGAGCCACUCCUGUUCUCCUUCUCACCACUGUUCCACGGCCACCCCCACCUCCAGCCACAGGCAUGAGAGCCACACGUGGAGCCUGGAACGUUCCGAAAGCCUGACCUCCGACUCGCAGUCAGGCAUCAUGCUGUCUUCAGUGGGCACCAGCAAGUGCAACAGCCCGGCAUGUGUGGAGGCCCGGGCACGGCGGGCAGCAGCCUACAGCCUGGAAGAGCGGCGCGGGGCAGCCGUGCCACCUUACCAUGACUCCAUAGACUCCCUGCGUGACUCCCCACACAGCGAGAGGUACGUGUCGGCACUGACCACGCCCGCGCGCCUCUCUCCCGUGGACUUCCACUACUCGCUGGCCACGCAGGUGCCGACUUUUGAGAUCACGUCCCCUAACUCGGCGCACGCAGUGUCGCUGCCGCCGGCCGCGCCCAUCAGCUACCGCCUAGCGGAGCAGCAGCCGCUACUGCGGCAGCCGGCGCCCCCCGGCCCGGGGCCCGGGCCGGGCGCGGACAUGCAGCGCAGCUACGACAGCUACUACUACCCCACGGCGGGGCCGGGGCCGCGGCGCGGGGCCUGCGCGCUGGGCGGCAGCCUGGGCAGCCUGCCCGCCAGCCCCUUCCGCAUCCCGGAGGACGACGAGUACGAGACCACGCAGGAGUGCGCGCCCCCGCCACCGCCGCGGCCGCGCACUCGCGGCGCGUCCCGCAGGACGUCAGCGGGGCCCCGGCGCUGGCGCCGCUCGCGCCUCAACGGGCUGGCGGCGCAGCGCGCACGCGCGGCGCGGGACUCGCUAUCGCUGAGCAGCGGUUCGGGUGGCGGCUCGGCUUCUGCCUCGGACGACGACGCGGACGGGGCGCUGGCGGCCGAGAGCACGCCUUUUCUCGGCCUGCGCGGGGCUCACGACGCGCUGCGCUCGGACUCGCCGCCGCUGUGCCCGGCGGCCGACAGCAGGACUUACUACUCCCUGGACAGCCACAGCACGCGGGCCAGCAGCAGACACAGCCGCGGGCCGCCCCCGCGGGGCAAGCAGGACUCGGCGCCCCUCUAGGGGCCCCCGCCGCCCGCCGCCCCCUCCGCCUCGCCUGCCCCACUGUCUUUAAGGAGGACAGAGACCACCGCCUGGAGAGAAAAAGGAGGAAAAAAAGAAAUAAAAAUAUUUUUAUUUUCUAUAAAAGGAAAAAGGUAUAACAAAAUGUUUUAUUUUCAUUUUAGCAAAAAUUCUCUUAUAAUACUAGCUAACGGCAAAGACGUUUUUAUAGGGAAACUAUUUAUAUGUAACAUCCUGAUUUACAGCUUCGGAAAAAAAAAAGAAACAACAAAAAAAAAGUGAGAUGGGCCAAUUUUUUGACUCUUUAAUAGAAACCUAUAUUGUGGUGCCUUUUGCUGUACGCUAAUCUGGGGCUCCUGGAGAGAAGAAGGGUUGUGGGGUGAGGGUUAGGGGAAUGUAGGAUCCCAAGCUGGCAGGGAUGAGAGGAGGCUGCCAAAGAAGAGGCUGCUGGGUGCUGGUGGGGGCGGGGAGGGGACUGGCCCUGAGAAAGAAAAUGAGAACAGUAGCAGCUUUGCCCUCAGGCAGAUCUUGAGUCCCCGACCCCCUGAAGAGAAGGCAGGGAUCUAGGCUUGGAGCUAGAGCUGGGGUCAGGUAACAUUCAGAGGGAGACUUAAGGCCCAGCGACAGCAACCAGAAUGGGGAGAGGGCCUCCCUGUUCCUUACAGCUGCUAAGGGAGGGGGCACUGAGACAGAGAUCUUCCCGACAGUCCUGGCUCCAGGGAGGGGGCAGCUCUUCCAGGGCCCCAACUUUCUGGCUCCUCCUCCCCGUGGCCUCCAGGAUGCCCUUCCGUCCUCUGCAGCACCUUCGUUUACAGGUUGUCUUUUCUAUUUUAUGCCUGCAUGUCCUUUGCAUUUCAGAUUCUUUAGAUUGGAUGCAUGGUCACGCUGGGACCGAGAAGAGCCACUCCACAGUGUAUUUGAUUCCCCUUUUAGCAAUAAAGUAACACCAUUUCUUCCAGACCCCAAGCCACCUAUGACUUCCACUCCCUCUCCAGCCCUGUCCUCCCCACCCCUGCAAAACUGGGUCCACUGCUAAUUUGUCAAAAAGGUAAUUGUUUAAAAAAAACAAAAUCAAAAAAUACACCAAACAAACAAAUGGGAACCCUGCCCUGAAAUGUCCAAACACCUGACUGUUGACACUUGAACAUUUUUAUAUUAUAAAUAAAAUCAGAAAUAACUCA